CGUGGCGGGCGGGCGGCGGCCGCUCCCCGCGGGGGGGGGCGGGGCGGGGCCGCCGCGCCGAGCGGGGCCAUUUCAGCCGCCAGGCCGGGAUGCGCCCGGCGUCCCGCGGCUGCCCGUCCGCCGCCCGCUCGCCCGCGGGGCUGCGGCGCUGACCGCCCUGCCGUUCGCUCCUGCCCGCCCGCUGCUCUACCCCACACCAGCCCCUUUUCCACCUCUGCCGCCGGCAGCGCCAUGGCGGCCCCCAGCAGCAUCGUGCCCGUCAUGGCGAGUAAAACCAAGACCAAGAAAAAGCACUUCGUGGCGCAAAAAGUGAAGUUGUUCCGGGCUAGCGACCCGCUACUCAGCGUCCUCAUGUGGGGGGUCAACCACUCGAUCAAUGAACUGAGCCAUGUUCAAAUCCCUGUUAUGUUGAUGCCAGAUGAUUUCAAAGCGUACUCAAAGAUAAAGGUGGACAAUCACCUUUUCAACAAAGAAAACAUGCCAAGUCAUUUCAAAUUUAAAGAAUAUUGUCCAAUGGUUUUCCGUAAUCUAAGAGAGAGAUUUGGAAUUGAUGAUCAAGACUUUCAGAAUUCAUUGACAAGAAGUGCACCCCUUGCCAAUGAUUCCCAGGCACGCAGUGGUGCCCGCUUUCAUACGUCUUACGACAAAAGGUAUAUCAUCAAAACUAUAACAAGUGAAGAUGUAGCAGAAAUGCACAACAUACUGAAGAAGUACCAUCAGUUUAUUGUGGAGUGUCAUGGGAAUACACUUCUUCCCCAGUUUUUGGGCAUGUACCGGCUUACUGUUGAUGGAGUUGAAGUAUAUAUGGUUGUUACAAGAAAUGUAUUCAGCCAUCGAUUAUCUGUUUAUAGAAAAUAUGAUUUAAAGGGCUCUACUGUGGCUCGAGAAGCCAGUGACAAAGAAAAGGCCAAAGAGCUGCCGACGUUCAAAGACAAUGAUUUUAUUAAUGAUGGCCAAAAGAUUCAUAUUGAUGAGAAUAACAAAAAGAUGUUCCUUGAGAAACUCAAAAAGGAUGUUGAGUUCCUUGCUCAGUUAAAACUCAUGGACUACAGCUUGCUGGUUGGAAUUCAUGAUGUUGAAAGAGCUGAACAGGAAGAAAUAGAGUGUGAAGAGAAUGAUGGAGAAGAGGAAGGUGAAAGUGAUGGGACCCACCCUAUUGGAACCCCUCCAGACAGUCCAGGAAAUACACUGAACAGCUCACUGCCUUUGGCUCCAGGGGAAUUUGAUCCAGCUAUUGAUGUUUAUGGAAUAAAAUCCCAUGAAAAUGCACCCAGGAAGGAAGUGUACUUCAUGGCCAUUAUUGACAUCCUUACUCAUUAUGAUGCAAAAAAGAAAGCUGCUCAUGCUGCAAAAACGGUAAAGCAUGGGGCUGGUGCAGAAAUUUCAACUGUUAAUCCAGAACAGUAUUCUAAGCGCUUCUUGGACUUUAUUGCCAACAUCUUGACGUAACCUAUCAUGUUACAUAGGACAGACACAAGACCUGGGGACAGCAGCAGUGGCUACAAGUGUAGGGAAAAAAAAGGAACUCAGAGAAGCACUCAUCUUACAGAAAGCAACCCCUUUGUUUACAUCUGCUGGCAAAGAUGACUGAAGUGGGGUGGAGUACUCGCUUUAACAGCUGCCUGAUAUUCCCAGCAUAGUUCUAGCUAUUUCUGACUCUUUUGUGUGUGCAAAAAAAAAUUAAAAUAAUUUAAGUCAAUAGAACAGCUUACUCAGAGUGCACUGUGACAGUAAUACUCUGAUGCUACCAGCUGAAAUGGAAUAAAUGAGCAAAGAGGUGUGGGGUGGGGGUGGGGAAGAGUAAAUGCAUGUUAAAUCUACAAUAUUGAUAUCAAAUUGUAAACUGUGGAUCAGUUUAUUUUUUGAAAAAAGAUACAUGACAGUAUUCUUCAUGAUGAUGAUGAUGAUGGUGGUGAUAAUAAUGAAGACCUUACUGCGAAUGUUACACUUACACCCUGCUCACUGGCACUCCUUAAAAACACAGCUGCAACAGCCCUUGGUGCCGGAGGCUUUUCCCAUUUGGUUCCUAGGAGUUGGGAUUUUUCCUUUUCUUUCAUCCCUCUCCCGUUUUUUGUCUUCUUUUUCAGCACAUUGCAUCAGGAAGGUCAGCCUCUCAGACAUCUGAGAACUGGCAUCUCUUACUUACAAAGAGCUAACAUAAUUCAUGCUGUGUGUACAUUUUUGCUACAGUAAACUUAGGCUAAGGGAAAACUUUGCUUAUUUCUCUUUGUUACCUGAAGUUUUCAUUUGUUUUAUAUUCUCGCAAUAUAGGAACUAAUAAUGUUACAAAUGUAAAAAAAGCUUAUCUGAAGAAGUGCAUAGUUUUGGGCAAUAGUAGCUCCAUCUUCUACCCAUCCUGAAAGAUGUGCACACUGAUAGAAAUUCCAUUCCCUUGUAAUUUACUGGGAAUUUGAAGUUUAAAUGCUUAUGUUGUACUGUUGAAAUAGCGGUAUUUUAUUAUAGAUUAUCCCUUGAAAAAUGAACCCUGAAUUUUACUGUUUACAUUAUUAGGAGAGCAGGGAUAUUUCUGAAUUUCAGAGCCGUGUACAAUAUAAGACUUUUGAGUUUACAUGUAAAGUUCUUUUGCAGUACAAAUGAAGUAAUGUUUGUCAUCUUCCAAGAGGUGCAGUAGUGUACUAAAAUGAAUGUCUCGCUCACGUCCAUGGUAGACACCUUCACAAUAAAACGCGAAAGGGUAUUUCAGAGGGAUUUUUCCCAAGUUUGUCAUCAAAAUGGCCUGUCCUACCAUUUACUCAGUUUUGAUUGUACAGUACAUUGCCUGAAACUGUGCUGAUCAUGUUUAACUUGUUUAAAAUUUUUAAACAACAUUGUAUUCCUUCUCCUCUUGUAUUUUUCCCUCAAAGACUCCAUGCUUGAAAGAGACAAAUUUACAUAUGCUUAAAAGUUUAUCUACUUAUACACUGUGCUAAAGCUGUGCCUUUAAAAUUUCUUUAUUGAAAUUGUUAGAUUUUGUAGGCAACGUAAGAGAAGUCAAACCUCCCUCUCAUCCUUUCUAACUGGGAUCAGGAGUGCCAGCAUGCCUUCUCCAUAACUAAUGUCAGUGCUGCUCAGCCUGCAACUGUGUAUAACCUAUGCUGUGGUCCACUUCAGAGGAGCCCCUACAACAGCAAACCCCUUCAUUACACUCUCUUCAGCGGCCAAAGGCAAUACUAUCCCUGUUGCUGUGUACUAAUUUUUCUUCCUUUCCCCAACCUUUCCCACAGGGUUUUCUGUUACAUUUGACUUAGUGAUGUCUGCAGCACUGUAAUGUAUGUGUAUACUUUUGUAUUGUAUGUAUUUAAAUAAGUUGGUACUGUGGCUUGAUUUUUUUUUUGUCCUCUCCCUGAACACCCUGGUUGUCUAUGUUCUCACCCAAGUUUCGUUUUCUGAAGCUUUUGAAGGUAUGAGGCCACAGGGAGACCCUGGAGUAAAAACAAGGUACUUGGAGUACAUAUUUAAUUGCGGCCAAUGAGUGUACAUUUUUAGACCAUUUUAGACAUUUACAGCAAAGCAUUCUUUUUGUCUGUGUAGCAUUUUUGUCACUCACUCUUGUUGAUAAACUGUUUAUUUGGACAGGGCAAGGAAGACUCAUUAUUGUGUAUGUUAGUGCUUAGAUUACACUCCAAACAUGAGCAAGGCUUUAUAAAAUAAAGCACUUUGAUGACUCACUAGGUAAA